AUGUCAACAACUAGGGAGCAGCCAAUCUUCAGCACCAGGGCCCAUGUUUUCCAGAUCGACCCUGCCACCAAAAGGAACUGGAUCCCUGCCAGCAAACACGCCCUGACUGUCUCCUACUUCUACGAUGCCACACGCAACGUCUACAGGAUCAUCAGCGUGGGGGGCACCAAGGCAAUCAUCAACAGCACCAUCACCCCCAACAUGACCUUCACAAAGACAUCCCAGAAGUUUGGCCAGUGGGCUGACAGCAGAGCCAACACUGUCUAUGGCUUGGGCUUUGCCUCGGAGCAACAUCUCUCCCAGUUUGCAGAGAAGUUCCAGGAAGUGAAAGAAGCAGCUCGUUUGGCCAGGGAGAAGUCCCAGGAUAAGACAGAGCUGACCAAUCCUGCCCUGAACAUCACAUCCCACCAGGUCCUUCCCAGCCCCAUCAUCAGCUCCAACGGGCCUGGAGAGGAUAAACUCUUCAGGAGCCAAAGUGCUGACGUGGAGAUCACGACAGAGAAGGAGAGGCUGAAGAAGAUGCUCUCAGAAGGCUCAGUGAGUGAGGUCCAGUGGGAAGCUGAAUUCUUCAGCCUCCAGGACAACAACAACAAACUCGUGGCUGCUCUGCAUGAAGCCAACGCCAACGUGGACCAGUGGAAGAAGCAGCUGACAGCUUAUCAGGAGGAGACGGAAACGCUGCGCCAGAGGGUAGCAGAGCUGGAGUCCCAGGGCACUCAGGAUUCCUCCAGUGAGAACAACAAGGAAGACCUGAGCCAAACCCUGGAGGAACUGGAACUGCUGAUCAAGGCUAAAGAUGAGGAGAUUCAGAUGCUAAAGAGCCAGAAGUGUGGGCGCUGGGAGGCAGAGGGGGAGCGUGAGGAGACCCUGCAAAAGCUGCAGGAGCUGGAGGCCAGGAAUGCAGAGCUGGAGCAGAGACUUCACCUGGCUGAGCAGACCCUGGCAGAGACCUUGGCCGAGAGGGAGAAGAUCCAGACUGAGGUGACCAAAGUGGCUGAAAUUAUGGAUGUGAAGAUCUUCGAGCUCAGUGAGCUCCGGCAGGGACUGGCCAAACUGGUAGAGAGCAACUGA